CAACUUAGUUAUAGAAUAAGUAGGAUAAGACGUAUAUAAAGAAACAGAGUAAGAAAAAGUAGUUUCGAUUAUUUAAUAAAAAUCUUUAUAAAACAAAUUAGCAUAAUGUUUGAAGUAGAUGGUAAAGUAGUUUUGGUAACUGGAGGAGCAGCUGGUAUAGGAGCACGUAUUGUCAAAGCAUUUUUGCACGAAGGAGCCAAGCAUGUAACAUUUUUAGAUAUUCAAAUUGCAAGUGGAAAUCUAUUGGAAAAAGAAUUGGCUACACAAUAUGGACAGGAAAGGGUAAAAUUUCGCAAGUGUGACAUCACAACUAGUGAAUUGACCGAUGCUUAUGAUGAACUCAUCAGCCAAUUUAGUUACAUUGAUAUCGUAGUCAAUGCUGCGGGAAUACUGAACGAUAAUCCUGAUAUUUAUGUCAAAUCCAUUAAUGUUAACGUGACAGCUUUAAUAACCAGUUCCCUUAAAGCAUAUGAGUUAAUGCGCAAAGAUAAAGGUGGAAAAGGAGGUACUAUCAUCAACAUAUCAUCAGUAUUAGCACUAGUAGAUGCACCAACUGUGCCAAUUUACUGCGCCACAAAGAGUGCAGUUUUGAAGUUCAGUAAUUGCCUAGGGAUGGAACCGACAUUUUCUAGGACAGGCGUGCGGGUUGUGACUGUAUGCUUUGGUGUAACUGACACUGCCUUAGUGACCUUUAACGGGACUGAGACGUUUGAUCCCGAAUUCAAAGAAACCAUGCUAGAAGUAUCUAAUUCACCAAAACAAUCAAUUGAGUCUGCAGUUUUUGGUGUGAUGGAAGCUUACAAGAAAGGUGGCAGUCCAUCCACUUGGUUAGUAGACUUAAAUACUCCUGUGAAGGAUAUUACCGAUGACGUUACCGAAGGCAAUAAAAUCAUAAACAGAUCUUAUCAUUUGCCCCAAGCCUUAGCUCCCCCCGAAGGAAACGUGUAAACACAGGAAUUGUCAAGAUUAAUGAUAUAAUAUGAUACUAAUAGACUUAUCAAUUGUUCAUAGUAUUUUGUUUACUAUUUAUCGAUUUGAUAUGUCGCUUUUAGAUAAUAAAUAUUGGAACAGUUUUGUACAGUAUUCAGGAAGUAUUAUUGAUUACUUAUCUAUUAUACGAUCAAAUAAACAUAUCUGCGUAAAAUAAUACCAAGAUAUACAAACAUACACAAGACCAACAAACGCUAGUCAAAAUCUUUUGAACAACAGCACAGAAGUAAAUCAAGAUUAUGGUGAUGCUCAUAAUCUCAUUAGCAUCAUUAGCCUAUCAAUGUCGUCCC